AACAAAGUUGGGGACUCCCGCUUUUAUUUCGAAAAAUUAAUGUCGCGACAGGAAGCGAGGCGGAACCUAAAGCGUCAAACUGGAGUUCCGCGCUGAAGGGACGCUGUUAGCUCCAGCACAACACGGAACUAGUGUAGGUGACACAUUAACCGCUGACGUGCAUUUAAAGAAUAUGUAAUUCCGUUAACAUACAUUCUUCUCACUUUUAAACGGAGUAAAAUCAACCGUCGGAGCUCGCGACCUCGGUGUGUUACAUCAGCAGGUGACGUCAUCGUGUUUCUGAUGAAAGUUUCCGUUUCAACUUGUGUCACACUAAGAUUAGUCCGGGUUCCAACGCUGGUCAUGUGAUCAAAGUUUUACUGCACAGCGAUGAGCAGCGGCGCGUCGGGGCAGAUGGAGGAGCUGAGGAGGAGGUCCCAGUCGCUCCUCUCCUCCUCGGGUUCGGCCCAGGACGUGAAGGCCGAGGUCCAGACCAUGGCCGGCGUCCUCCUGCCCCUCUCUGAGAAGUACCGCCUCCUGGGGGCGGAGACCAUGUUGAGGGAGAACACGGCGUGCAGCAGCACACUGGAGGUCCUGGAAUCCUUGAGCAGACUGGUCAAGGCCUUGAGCAUCCUGGAGAAGUACGGCUGUAACCUGACGAGUCCCGCCCGGCCCAGAUACUGGAGGAGCGUCAAGCACAACAACCCCGUCUUCAGGAGCACCGUGGACGCCGUGAAGGGAGGCCGGGCCGUCCUGUUCCUGUACGGGUACACCAGCCAGCAGGCGGAUGGCCUCAGCUUCCCCGACGACGUCAGCCAGCCGGACGCGGCGCACGUGGCGGCGGUGACGCUGGAGGUCAUGACCUUGCGCACGGAGGUGGACAUGCUGGUGAAGGGAACCCAUCCUCACCCGGAGAGCUUCAGAGACGUCGUCCCCUUCCUCGUCCCGCCGGAGGAGCUGGUGCCGGAGGUGCCGGAGGCGCCGGAGGUGCCGGAGGUCGUCGGCGUCCCGAGUGGAGACCAGCAGCCGGGGGAAGAACCCAGGAUCCCGUCUCCACCCCCUCAGCCCCCCCUGGGCUCUGGAGGAGAACCCCUGAGACCCUCGACAGGUGAGCGCCCCCCCAUAGGGGACUGUAGUCUGUGCGGCGCCGCCCCGUCGCUGGUCUGCCCGUCAUGUGACGGUCAAGCUUUCUGCGACGCCUGCGACGACCUCUUCCACCGACACCCCUCCAGGGACCAGCACAAGAGGGACCAGCUGCAGCAGCCCCCCCCAGGAAUCUGCACCAUCUGCGGGACCUCGGCCGUGCACGCCCAGUGCUCCACCUGCAGCCAGAAGCUGUGUGAGAACUGUGACCAGCUCUUCCACUCGCACCCCGACCGCCGGGGGCACAGCCGGAGCCUCGUGGCAGCCCCCAAAGCCUCCAGCCCCUCCCUCUCCCCGUGGCAGUGCGCCCGCUGCACCACGGUCAACGCCACGCGGGCCGUCCUCUGCGCCACCUGCGAGCGCCCGCGACUCGCCGCCGCGCAGGAGACCCCGCCCCCCGUGCCCCCGUCUCCCAACACGGAGUGGCGCUGCAGGAGCUGCACGGUGGUGAACCAGGGCAGCAGCAUCCUCUGUGAGGUGUGUGAGCGUCCCCGUCUGGCCACCCGCCCCCCCGCCGCUCCGCUGCCAACCAGCCCGGGAACGCCGCCCGAGUCCGGAGACAAGUGGAUGUGCCAGUUCUGCACCUACGUGAACGCCAGCCCCGCCGUGGUGUGCGAGAUGUGCAACCUCGGCGGGUCCCCCCCGGCGUCCCUGCAGCAGACCCCGGCCGGCGCCAAGGACCAAGCGGCGUCGCCCCCGAGGCCCCAGCCGAAGGCCCGGGUGGACGUGGAGGUGAAGAGGCAGAAGAUGAUGAGGGACGACGGCCUGCGCCUCGUCCAGCAGAUCAGAGAAGCGGAGAAGCGCGGCGUUAGCGCCGAGGAGGUGUACGCCGCCAUCGGCAUGUGCGGCGGCAGCAACACCACGAGCCCCUGUGAUUGGCUGACGUCGGAGCUGCCUCACCUGCUGGACGAAAUCUGCGCCAUGGCAGCUUCCGUCCAGGUGGAGAGAGACGGCGAGGGGGCGGAGCCGAGCGCUCCCGUUGUCAAGGGCGACGGCGCCAAGCUCUCCAGAGCCGAGGCCAAGCUGGCCUGGUUGUCGGCGGGAGGAGACACCAACAAGGCCGUGACGCAGCUGCUGAGAGACCGACAGGUCAAGAUGAAGGAGCUCCACUCUCUGGGCUUCAGGGAGGCGUCUCGCUGCGAGGAGGCGCUGAGGCUGAGCGGCGGCGAGGUGAAGGGGGCUUUGUCUCUGCUGCAGCGCCCCCUGCUGGAGCCCUUCCACCAGCGGAUCUGGACCGACCAGCCGGAGCCGCCGAUCGACCCCCAGCACCCGGACAAACAGAGGACAUGCAGGCGUCUGCUGGCGCUCUACGAGCUGCCCAGCUGGGGGCGCUGCGAGCUGGUCCUCUCGCUGCUGCAGGAGCCGGGCGUCACCUUCUCGCUGGAGGACGUGGUGCAGGCCGUGAAGGAGUCGCACGACAAGGACUUCAUCAAGCGCCUCCUCAUCAACGAGUGCCCCUGCUGCCUGAGCCCCUUCCCCCGCAGCAAGAUGCAGUCCCUGACCUCCUGCCAGUGCUCCGUGUGCCACGAGUGCUUCAGGCUCCACUUCACCAUCGCCGUGCGGGACAAACACAUCCGGGACAUGGUGUGUCCCGUCUGCAGCGAGCCGGACAUCAACGACCCGCAGCAGCUGGACAGCUACUUCUCCACGCUGGACAUCCAGCUGCGUAACUGUCUUCAGCCGGACGAGUACGAGCUGUUUCACAAGAAGCUGACGGAGCACGCGCUGAUGAAGGACCCCAAGUUCCUGUGGUGCUGCCACGUGAGUCCACGCAUUCAUGUUGUUGUUGUAAAUAAGAAUAUUUUAUUGUCAUUAAUAAUAUUAUGAUGUUCCUGUUGAC